AUGCCCCUGCCCCCGCGCAGCCGUGCCCACGGCCCCGCUCGCCGGCCCCUCGCUGCCGCCGCCCAUGUCCCGCCUUCAGUCGCCCUGCUGCGCACCGGCAGCCACGACCCCCCUGCUCCGCCUGGCUACAUCCCGCUGGAGCUCCACGCCGGCGCUCCGCCCUGCCCCCUGCUCCCCGUGGCCGCGCACUGCGUGCCGUGGCCGCCGCCACCCGCCGUCCCGCUUCCCUCAUGCGGCGCCGCCUGGGUCCGCCCCCCGCUGGCCGUCGCCCACGCCAGCCAAGCGCCACCGCGCCCCGGUGGCCUCGCCUCGCCUCCCCGGUCGGUCUCGGCCCUGCACGGGUGCGCCCGUAACCGCACUGCUGGCGCUCGCGCCUGCUAA